AGGGACUAGAAAUAACUACAUAAGGGCCAUCGAUUCCCCAGAAGAGGCCUGAUAAUUCAUCAACAUCACCAUUCAAGACAACCUGAUAACCUAUAUCAGCAACCAUGAAGAGCAUCCUCGCCCUCGCAACCUUCGCCACCACGGCCCUGAGCCAAGGCAUCUUCAUAAACUCUCCUGCAGCAGGCACCGAACUCCAAGUUGGAGAAACCAUCACCGUCCAGGUCGCUCGCGGCGACUACAUCCAAGCCAUGACGGAAAUCGGCAUCGCGAUCGGCAUCCAAUCCUGCCCCGACACUCGCCCCUGCCCUUCCCCGGACGAAUACCUGCAAUACGUGCUCUACACCGGCCCGUAUGACCCUCAGUAUGAGACGGGAUUCUACGAUCAGUAUCAGAACUUCACGAUCACGGUGCCCGACGUGACGGGACCGGCGCAGAUUGGGGUGACGAGGGCUUAUCUUGUUGGGGCCGGUUAUUUGACUGUUGUUGGGUCGACGGCGAGUAAUUAUACUAUUGUGGCGUGAUGUGAGGGGUGGGAAAUUUGGGAGGAUGGGUGGGUUAAGAUGGUUCUGUUCUGAGAUAGAGUUUGGGAUUGAGGCUGGUUUUCCAGUUAGUGCUUUGAGUAUUCUGGGUUUCGUGGAAACGAGAGUCAUUGGAGUCAUCUUCAAGUUUACCUUUGUCUUCUUCCAUUUCAAGUAGGCAAAGUCUGUCGUUGUGGAAGCAAAGCGUGGCGUAGGCAGGACCCUGGGG